CAUAUACUUGACCGGAUACUCUCUCAGUCUCGCCGUUUUAUCUCUCGCUGUUUUUGUUUUCCUUUAUUUCAAAGAUCUGAGAUGUCUUCGUAAUACAAUACACACUAAUCUCAUGUCUACUUAUAUACUAUCGGCUUGCAGUUGGAUCUUAAAUUUAGCUUUACAGAAUUGGUCGGAUGAAGUGCAACAAGAGCAAACUUCAUGCAUGAUACUAGUGAUAUGUAUGCACUAUUUCUACUUGACGAAUUUCUUUUGGAUGUUAGUUGAGGGUCUGUAUUUGUACAUGUUGGUCGUCGAAACGUUCACCGCAGAGAACAUAAAGUUGAAGGUCUACACAACAAUCGGAUGGGGUGCUCCCGCUAUCUUCAUUAUUAUAUGGGUGAUAUGUCGGUGCUUUGUCUCGGUGGUGCCAACUACAGGUCCUGAUGGGUUGGCGAUCACGGGCGAAGCUAAAAUGUGUCAAUGGAUUCAUGAGCAUCAGGUGGAUUGGAUACAUAAGGCGCCCGCUCUCGUUGGACUAGCUCUUAACUUGUUCUUCCUCAUCAGAAUUAUGUGGGUUCUAAUAACGAAGUUACGGUCAGCAAACACGUUAGAGACGGAGCAGUACAGGAAAGCAACGAAAGCGCUUCUAGUACUCAUUCCCUUACUGGGUAUCACCAAUCUGCUAGUUCUCUGCGGCCCGAAUGACGACUCAUGGUUCGCGCUCGCUUUCGACUACAUCAGAGCCCUAAUGCUGUCUACACAGGGUUUCACAGUAGCAUUGUUCUACUGCUUCAUGAACACAGAAGUCCGUCACGCUAUACGAUACCACGUGGAGAGAUGGAAAACUGGACGGACUAUAGGAGGUGGAAGACGAAGAGGUGCCUCCUACUCAAAGGACUGGUCUCCGAGGUCCAGAACAGAGAGCAUACGGCUCACAGUAUGAAGAUUCAUGGACCAUAUACCAGCUAUCUUCACUGACGCUUAUGAAACCCGCUUUUUGCAUUUACGAAGAAAAGAUUUUAAAAUGGAUAUAAUUUGGAUUUGGAGGAGAAAAUGAUUUCUUUUUUUUUUACUGUUUUCAAUAAAUUCACAAUAAAUUGGUGUUAUAAGCUUUA